GAGUUUGGAAUAUGUGCUGAAGAUGCGGAUGCGAUCGUUGUGCGAGCAGUUCCGGAGGCGUCGACCGGACAAACUGCACCAGUUUGCGAUCUGCAGAAACUCUUCCGUGAACUACGCUCACUCGGCUGCAAACUAGCGUUGUGUACUGCCGACAGCAGAGCGGCGACCGAGCAACAGAUGCGCCUUCUUGGUAUCGCCUCACUACUCGACGACGUUGUUUGCGGUAACGACCAUGGCAUCAUACCGAAGCCAAGCCCCCACUGCGCUAUUCAGAUCUGCAAACGACUUGAAGUACCACUACACCAAGCAAUAAUGGUCGGUGACACGAUAGCGGACCUGAAAAUGGGCCGAGUAGCGGGCCUACGGGCCAGUGUAGGCGUGUUGACUGGCGUUGGCAAUCGGGACACUCUCAAGGAGUACAGCGACUAUUUUGUAAGUAUAAACUUCCUUGGAAAGCUUUUUAUUUUAUGUGAUGACCUUGACAACGUCAGUGAAUUGCCAUUACUGAUAGCGACAAAGAUCAACCAGAACACCAAAAGAGGCUAG